AUGAAGAUAAAAUUACCAGAAUAUAAAGAAAUUAGGAAUAUUAAUGAAUUACCAUUGGAAACAUUGAUAUUAUUAUUUGGCUAUGUGAAUCGUAUGAAUACUGCUAGUUAUUGGUUGGUGAAUCAUUCGUUGGUCUGUCAUUUAUGGACUGACAAGGUGAUACCUGCUGCAUGGAGCGAGUUGUCAUUGUCGACCAAUCAACCACCUGACCCCCUCGUACAAUACAAUGAACGUCGUAUCAUUGCACAUAGUGCAGGAGGAGACCGUGUGUUGUUUAGAAAGUUGAUUAUGCGUAUUGGAAAGUCGGUCGAUUACAUCUCUGCGUUGAUGACCGUGACAUCGGUCGACCUGCGUAACAACCCAUCGACCAACAAUGUGAUUGAUCGAUUGGCCGACGCACUAAAGAGUAAUACCAAUAUCACAAGUAUCUCUUUUUACAACAACCGUCUCAUGCAAAAGGGUGGUACUACCAUUUGCAAUGCUUUGCAGAAAAACACGACCCUGACACACUUGGAUCUCGGUCUCAACAUGUUGGGUGCAAAUGGUGGCAAUGCAGUGGGUGGUGUCGCGUUUGCCAAAGCACUAUCGGCCAACCGCGCACUCAACACGCUUGUCCUCAACAACAACACCUUUUCCAAAGAGACAUUGGUUGCUCUCGGUGACAUGUUGGCCAGCAACUCGUCAUUGACUGAUCUCGGACUUGCCAACAACUCUAUCACAGCAGACAGUGCAUCUGCCCUAUUCGAACGUCUUGCAGCAUCCAACAAUCGUAGUCUAAUCCGUAUCGAUCUAUCCAACAAUCUUGUUGGUGUCGAAGGAGGUGAGUCUAUUGCCUCCAACAUUUCACGUUGUAAUAUUUGUGAACUCCUCCUAUCCAACAAUCAACUAUCAACCACUGGAUCAAUGUCCAUUCUCAAGUCACUACCCUCAUCCAUCCAAACCAUCGAUGUCUCCAACAAUGCCAUCACCCCAACCCAAUUGGCCAGCGACACUUUGGUAACCCUUCUCCAAAAGAAUGACACUCUCACCAAACUCAACAUCUCCUCCAACAAACUCGACGACGAUGUUGUCCAACCACUCAUCCAAUCCAUUCAAUCAAACAAAUCACUCAUUCACAUUCAAAUUGGUAGUAAUCAAUUUUCUAAACAAUCAAAUAACAAAUUGGUUGAUUGUUUUAGAAAUAAUAAAUCAAUUUUCUUUUAUGAUCUUCAAGAAGAAUAUUAA